AUGGAAACAAACUUCACUAGUGUGGUUUCAUUGUGUUCCUGUCCGGGUCGCCCAACAAAUGACAGCGAAGAAUGUGUAGAAGGACUUUUUGAAAGACAUUCAUGGUUAGAUAUUCUGACCAGGUUUGAUCCGGUGGCUGUGUACGCAGAUCGUGUAAUAACACCAAUAUGGUACAUAAUCGGGAUAUUUGGGAAUGCGGUGUCUUUCACCAUUUGGCAGAAACGUCGGAUGCGAAUGAACAACAAUUCUGCUUAUUAUUUGUCCGCCUUGGCUUUAUCAGAUCUGUGUUUCCUGUUACUUCACAUUUGUAUGGAAUUGAAGGUUGCCUGGGGACUUCGUUCGCUGGACCAACGGUAUGUGUGUGAGAUUUUCAUGGCGGCAUACUAUCUGCCUCAGUACCUGUCGCCGAUGCUCGUGCUUGGGGCAACUCUGGAUAGGUACGUAGUAGUGUGCCUCCCAUUCAAAGGUCCGUUACUUUGCACAAAAGCAAAAACCAUUCAGAAAUUAUUUCUGGCGUUGGCAUUUGCUUUACUUUUGUGUACUGCCCAAGCUUAUCUAUGGCAAUACGACACGCAGAGAAAGACCUGUACUUUAAGAGAGGAGACCUUUCUUGGGCGGGAUUUGGGAACCAUAUGGACAUGGUGUAGCGAGAUGCUGAUAUUUUUUAUUGUGCCGUUGGUUAUUCUAUUUAUAAAUAUUCGAGUGAUUAUUGCCAUCUGGAAAGUGUCAUUAGACGGACCCGUGGCUGUCAAAAAGACUGGAAACAAUAAACAUUGUGUCAUCACCCGCCAUGAAAGCAAAGGGAGUACGAAAAUCACCUCCACAGUAAUGUUGCUUUCUGUUUCGUUCUUUGUGAUAACCCUUACCUUUCCUGCCACAAUUGUAUAUGCCGUACAUUAUGCGGUUCCGCAGGGAAAUAAAUGCCUCUCAGACGAAGAAAUUCGCACCGAUUCAACUUGGCAGUCCUAUUUUACCUACAUUACUGCAAGGAAAUUCGUUGAAGAGAUUUGCCUAGCUCAUCAUGCCUGUAAUUUCAUCAUUUACUACAUCACUGGGAACAAAUUCAGACUCGCAUUUAGGAGACUACUCCAAACAGCAAAAUCAGUGUUGUGUUCGUAUAAGAGGGUGUGCGCACCUGGGUACGCAAAACCACUGGCCUUAGAUGUCAUUCGUCCGCACAAUACGCGUAAUACCAAAUUAUAG